GAAGAAAUGUCACAUGGUAGCAUAGUAGUCUACAAAAACAUUAUUGUGGAGAGGUGGUAGUGCGUAUAAAAAUUGUUAAUGGAUAAGUUUGUGACAUGGAAUGAAAACAAAGCUGUAGAUUCAACACCAGCAGAUAAUGGAUCUCAAGUUUGGGUCUGGAUGGGCCUCGGAACCCUUCCGUACCUUCAAAGUGGGUUUGAGUUUGAGAAACACUGUGUUAGACCAAGAAUAUUCAGUAAAAGUUUAGAUUACCACUUGGCUUUUGUUUAUAAAUGCAGUUUUUAAGGUUUGGAUGGAGCACUUCAUCUUUUCAUUUGCAUUGUUAUUUGGCUUCAGUUUCAUGGCGUCCAGGUUUACUUUUUAAUUGUCAUCAUAUUUUUAUUUCGCACUUUAUACGAUUUUGGGAUGAGGAAUACAGUCCUCCUGAACAGGUUCAGUACAUUUGUGUCCUAGAUGAUUGAAGAGUUAACACAGGAAUUUCAUUAACUACUAACUCAUUGGCAUACAAUAACAUAUAUUACAGUGUAUUGUACUGGUUAUAGAGUUAUUAACUUGCUGAUUUAAUUUUGUAGUCCACAAGUCUUUCUGUGUUUGGUUGCAAAUGUUUAAUACUUUUGACAGCCAAUCAUUUACAGAAAAUAGCCAUGUUUGUCAUUGUUGCACGUGAACCAGUAUUUAGUCUGGGUUGUGUAUUUUGUCUUGUGUGGUCUUGAGUUUAAUAAUUUUAUGGAUUCUGUAUAUGAUGGCAUAGGCUUAAUUUAGCAUCUAUCAAGUGACAGAUGAAUUUAGAUAAAGAUUGACUGGGUAUCAAAAGAUAACAGAAUCCGUUUUCAAGAUUAUUUCCAUUCAAGUUCCGUUGUCCAUGGCGUCAUUUUUUCCACCUUGUGCUUAAAAACUUGGCUCAGUCUAUCAUUGUUUUUUAGAGGUAAAAAUCUAAAAUUAAAAUCAUGUAAGUAUUUAGACAUGUAAAGUAAAUCAAAUGUAAUUAUGUGUUUGUUGGUGGUUUUCAGUACAUGUAUGUUAUAUAUUUUUCAGGAAGUCGAAGCAGCAGUUCCAACCCCAGUGUUGGGAAGAGCCAGCGGCUCGUGCCAAGAGAAAAAGACCGCAAGUCGACUGGUAGUGGCGGCAGCGAACCAGAAUCAGCCAAUCUAGCAAGUGGGAAGCGAUGUGAACGGUCUGGCAGCAAAGUGAGUCACCGAAGCAACUCGCAAUCAUCUCACAGCCAUGCCCACUCCGGACACAGUCACACUCAUUCCCGGGUCCCCUCCCAACAUAGUCGCACAUCCUUUUCCUACAGCCAUGCUUCCUUUUCCAAAUAUGGCCACACCUCUUGUGCACUCAGUGAACGGAGCCACGCUUCCUCUUACGGACCACCAGGCCUUCCUCCUCCCUACAACCUGGCCAGAAUGACACCUAAGGGAGCUUUCAGCAGCGGACCCCCAGGGGCUCCACCCGUAAGGGAGCUGGGGGCCAUACCACCCGAACUUACAGGCAGCCGCCAGUCCUUCCAGCAUGCUAUGGGCAAUCCUUGUGAGUUUUUUGUGGAUAUAAUGUGAGCCUCCAAUGAUACCAGAACACAAAUAGCAGUACGCUGAAAUUCAUUGUUUAACCUCAUACUGAUUCGAGGUGUAUUUGAAGAUGAAGCCAAUGCCAUAAAGAAUUCAUGUCAGUUUUCUCCAGUAUCAUCACAUGUAGCCCUAGUC